ACCAAAGAAAAGUGUGAGGCAGAGGCACCACUUAACAUUGUGGUAUAUUACACUAGCUAGUCGCUAGAGUAGUAGCGAUGGCCUCUGCCUCUUGCCUUGGCUUAGUGGUGCUCGUGGCAAUGGCCUCGGCGGCGUCGGCGCAGCUGUCGUCGACGUUCUACGACACGUCUUGCCCCAACGCGCUGGCCACCAUCAAGGCCGGCGUGACGGCCGCCGUGCAAAACGAGGCCCGCAUGGGGGCGUCGCUGGUGCGGCUGCACUUCCACGACUGCUUCGUCGAUGGAUGUGACGGGUCCGUUCUAUUGGCGGACACGGGGAGCUUCAUCGGCGAGCAGGGGGCAGCCCCGAACAACAAUUCCAUUCGAGGCAUGAACGUCAUCGACAACAUCAAGACCCAGGUGGAGGCCGUGUGCAAGCAGACCGUCUCCUGCGCCGACAUCCUCGCCGUCGCCGCCCGUGACUCCGUCGUCGCGCUGGGAGGACCGACGUGGACUGUUCUUCUCGGGAGGAGGGACUCCACCACUGCAAGCAAGACCAACGCGGAAAAUGACCUGCCACCUCCUACCUUCGACCUCCAAAACCUCACCACCUUGUUCGGCAACAAGCAGCUCAGCAUGACAGACAUGGUCGCGCUCUCAGGCGCCCACACGAUCGGGCAAUCGCAGUGCCGGUUCUUCAGGGACAGGAUCUACAACGAGACCAACAUCGACACUACCUUCGCGACAUCUCUCAGAGCCAACUGCCCCCGGUCCGGCGGCGAUAACAGCCUAGCGCCGCUGGACAAUGGCACCCCCAACGGGUUCGACAACGCCUACUACACCAACCUCAUGUCCCAAAAGGGGCUGCUGCACUCGGACCAGGUGCUGUUCAACGGAGGCGGCGCCGACAACACGGUCAGGAGCUUCUCGUCCAGCGCCGCGACGUUC